AGUAACAUAGGUAGUAUAUAUAGAGCGCACGGUCAAGUUAGCAUGUGUGACCAUGACAAGCAAUAUGGUAAAAAAGUGUAUGUACUGAAAAUAAUACCGAGUAACAACGAGCACAGAUAGAGUGCGGAAGGCGACGAGGAUCGGAAUUUAAGGUGCGGAGAAAGAGGACACAGUCGAGACGAAACUGGUGACGCGCAGGAAGUAGGAGAGAGCUAGGGUUCUCGGGGAAUCAUCGUUGGUUUUCCGGCGAGGGGAACAUUACUGCCCUCUCUUCCGGUCUUCGCCAACGACCGCCAUACAUAAACUUGGAGACCCAAUUUCCCGCUGAUUGCCAAUAAUAGUUCAUUCCAAAGGAAUUUCUGCAAAUCCGGAUUAGAUUGGGAAAUAUAUUAGAUGCGUUAAUGGAAAAGAAUAGUUUGGAGGAACAACGGGAAGAAAGAAAUUGAAUCUCUUUAACUUCUGAUUGUAGUUGUACAUGGCCAAUCCCGAUUCUCAACGCCGUUGUGUUUUUGUUGGAAAUAUACCUUAUGAUGCUACUGAAGAACAGCUAGUUCAAAUCUGUGAGGAGGUUGGCCCUGUUGUUUCCUUCAGAUUAGUAACUGACAGAGAAACUGGAAAACCCAAGGGUUAUGGAUUUUGUGAAUACAAGGAUGAGGAAACUGCCCUCAGUGCUCGCCGUAAUCUGCAGGGAUAUGAGAUUAAUGGUCGCCAGUUAAGAGUUGAUUUUGCUGAGAAUGAUAAAAAUGCUGACAAAAACCGUGAACAAGUAAGGGUCGUGGUGGACCUGGUGCAGCUGCUGAUCCUCAAAGACAUAUAGGGGGGCCAUCCGCUAUUGGAAAUUCAAGUUUACACCAGCCAAUUGGACACCCAAUAGCUACAAGUGCUGCCACUGUCAUGGCUGGAGCUCUUGGAGCGACUCAAUUGGGGCAGACAGGCUUACAGAUUCAGCUUGGAUCUGGCAUUGAUCCUUUAUCGCAUUACCUUUCUAAAAUGUCAAGGAGUCAGCUGUAUGAAAUAAUUUCUGAUAUGAAGGCUAUAGCAACACGAAACAAGGAACAUGCCCGUCAACUAUUACAUACAAUUCCUAACUUGCCUAAAGCAAUUUUCCAGGCACAACUAAUGCUUGGACUGGUUUCUCCUCAAAUGUUACAGGUGCCUAAUAUUCGGCCAUCAUCUGUUCCUCCACCGCAGUCUGUGUUGCCUGACAAUCAUCACAACCAACAACUAGCAAUUCAAAUGCUUCCCGGGGCUGCCCCCCCUCUUCACAGUUCUCACGUCCAACACCCACAGUUGACUGAAAACAACAAUUUGCUACAUGGGAGAUUGCCAGCACAUUCUGGGGUACACUCCAUUUCAAAUAUUCGAGCUCAGGGUAAUUUGACUGCUAUCCCUCAGAUUCAGAGUGACACAUCCUCUUUGAAGCAGCAAAUGCGACAUCCUUUGUUGCCUACUCGUCCUGCUAAUUUAGUCUUUACUAGCCAACCUGCUGCACCUAAUGCUGCAUUUCAACCUUCUUCAUUAGCACAUCCACCACCUACUGAAAAAGUUUUUCAGCCAGGUUCCUCGGUAUUGUCUGCUAUUCCUGACAACAUGAAUAAGCGUCCUCUUGACACCCAAUCUGGUAAGAGUUCUGCUUGGCUCAAGAAACCAAUUCAAACUUCAGGGUUUCCGGAGAGAGCUGGAAUGCUAAAUGACAGUACGGAUGCGAUGAAUCACCCAUCGAAGUUGUCAAAACUAAAUGAUGGAAGGAGUUCCUAUCCAUCAGGAGAAUCAAAUGUGGAUAAUUUGGUAACCAGACCUUCAAGGAUAGCUAGCGUAUCUGGAAAACAUAUUUCCAGAACAGAAGAGGCUUCAAGCUCUGAGAAACAUCCUCCUCUUCAGCUGACCCCAGAUGUGGAGUCAACCUUAUUGCAACAAGUGAUGAGUCUGACUCCAGAACAGUUAAGUUCAUUGCCCCUGGAUCAGCGAGAGCAAGUCCUUCAGCUACAACAGAUGCUUAGGCAGCCAGCGUAGGUUGUGUAUGAUUAGAGACAUUUUACUCCCAAUGGCCUUUGUCGGUGUGGUCUCACCCUAACAUUUUUUUCACAAAGGCAGUGAGUGGUCUUAAGCAGCUGCAAUGAAGAAAAGCCUUCUCAAAUAACCCGAAGCAGUAAUGGCUGGCUACACAUAUGCAUUGGUUCGGGCUAACAUUCUUAGGCGUGCAGCUAUCUGUGAAAUCAUAUUUUUCCCUUGUUGUAAAUUUAUUUUUUUAAACUUUCAAAGAUUAGCAUAGGAUAAUUGCUAGAGAGAAAUUCUCUUCAUGUAACUAUGUAUAAACCAUGCCUCUAAUGAAUAGCAAUGAUACAAAUUUUAGGGACUGUUCUGUAUUUCAUAGAAGUGUCACAAAAGGUUAAGCUCAGAACUGUCUAUAAUCUACCCCAACUUUAUUGUUCUUUUAUUUUGUAUUUUCAUAAUUUCAUUUGCUUGAUUUUGCCUCG